CUUCUGUCUGUACGGCUUAGUAAAAUGGCUGUAUCUCGCGGAGCCUCGUGCUGGUUCGCUCCGUUCCUUGCCUCUAUUCUCGCUCACUAAUAGAACCCCCGGAAUAUAUGUAUGUUUAUGCAUCUUUGAGGUUUAUUAUUACGUGUCCAGUUAUUUUCACAUCGGAAUCAGGAGACAAAACCGGAUUCGGUCCGGAGAAAGGGGUGGGAAUGAGUCGGGACAAGGAUAAAUGGUUAUAAACAAGUAUUUAUAUUCAAUGCUAGCGUUUGAUUGUGACUGACUCGCCGAGAGAGGGGGGUAUUAUGGCCGCUCAGGUCGCCAGCGCCGCCACUCUCAACACAAGCCCGCCUUCCGAACUAAAGAAACCGGAUCGAGACCCACAUGAGGAUUCUAUACUGGGGGAAAAGCAGCAGGAAAACAAGCAGCCGGGAUUAGAGUGCGGAUCUCCGGUCCGGGGGGAUCUGCAGGACGGGGCCGAUGUUGGAAAUGCAGGGGGAGGAGGGGAACCUGAGAUGAAGAACGGGAACGGGAACCCUUCCAGGACUAAUAAUAAUCAGAAUGAUUCCAUCGGAUCCGAGGGGAAUAACCAUCCCGGGAUGGUACACCACCAUGGGUCUGGUUUUCCUCCACCUUCUUAUGGAUACAGUCAACACUACGGCCGGGCCCCUUUUCAUCAACAUGGCGGACAACAAAGCCCUGGCAUGGCAGCUGCUGCAGGUCCAGCCGUGCCGUCGAGUAAUAUGAUGGACCCAUAUCAACCCAAUUCGCACGAACAUGGCUUUUCUAACCACCAGUUUAACAAUUACAAUCCAUUCCCGAACAGAACUCCCUAUUCUGGCCAAGGAUACGGCAUGAACCCCUCACGUAAUACCCAGGCUCCGGCAGCUGGGGGACAGCCAGCUAACGUUAAGCAGCAACCAGCAGGAGGACCCACAGCAAUGGCUGCAUCUUACAACAACCAGAGAUAUAAUAUGGGGAAUCCACAGCCAACGUCUACCCCAACCCUCAACCAGCUCCUAACCUCUCCAAGCUCCACUCGUAUAUAUCCAAAUUACCCAUCUAGUGAAUAUAGUAAUCAGGAAGGCGCUAGUAAGGGACCAACAGACACGGGCAGUAGCGGUCAGUAUGGAGGGGGGAGUCCGGGUUGGCAACAAAGGACCCAUCAUCCGCCGCCUAUGAGCCCUGGAAGUACAGGGCAACCCCUAGGUAGAAGCCAGCCCCCAGGUGCAAUGGAUCCGAUGGCUAAGUUGAGAGGCCAGCCGUACGGAGGGGGCAGUCCAUACUCCCAACAACCUGGACAGGGGCCACCCCCAGGAGCCCAGCAGGGUCACGCAUACCCGGGCCAAGGCUACGGUCCCCUUGGCUCCCAGAGAUACCCGGUGGUCAUGCAGGGCCGCACCCCUGGGGCUAUGGGGGGCAUGCAGUACGGGCAGCAGAUGCCGUCUUAUGGGCAGCAGGGACCAGGAGGCUAUGGGCCUCAGGGCCAAGGGCCCUACUACGGCCAACAGGGCCAGGCUUUACACCCAGGCCAGCAGCAAGGGCCCUACCCCCAGGUACCUCUGGGACAGCAGGGUGGUCAGACACCCUACCCUCAGCAGUCCCACCCUCCCCAGACGUCAGCCUCACAUGCCCAGGGUGGGCCGCCCUAUCCGCAGCCCCACAUGCCCCCCCAGUCCCAGGGCCCGCAGCCAGUUCCAUCCCAAGGGCCCCCACAGUCUCAGCCGCCCUACUCCCAGGGCCCAGCCCAGGCUCAGUCUGGUCAGCCUCCUUACCCCCAGCAGCAGGGGCCUCCCAGCCAGCCUCCACAGCAGCAACCCCAGGUCCCAGCAGGGUCACAGCCCCAGCUCAGCUAUCCACCCACGCAGGGCCCACAGCAGCUCCCCACACAGCAGCAGCAGCAACCCCAGACACCCUCUCAACCCCCUCAGCAACCACCAGGUCACAGCCAGCAUCCACAGGGCCAGCCUGCAUCCUACUCCCAGAAUCCUCCACAGCAACAGCAGUCACCUUACCAACGCUUCCCUCCUCCACCACAGCAGGAGAUAUCCCAGGACUCAUUCAGUUCCCAGUCUAGCGCCCCUCCCUCCAACCAGCCCAAAAGUGUCUCGGAGGACGUCAGCAUGCAAGGCCAGCCGUCCAGCCUACCGGUGAGUCCUCACCCAACCUGUGCAAAGGAUCUCUCAGGCUCCAUUGAUGACCUACCCACGGGCACGGAUGGCGCUCUGAGUCCUGGCGUGAGCACUUCAGGUGUGUCAAGCAGCCAGGGCGAGCAGAGCAACCUGGCCCAGUCGCCCUUCUCGCCCCACACCUCUCCCCACCUGCCAGGCAUCCGAGGUCCCUCACCGUCACCCGCCGGCUCCCCCGCCAGUGCCACCACCUCCCGCACGGGGCCCCUCUCACCCGCCACAAUGCCAGGGACCCAGAUGCCCCCUAGACCAUCGAGUGUGCAGUCUGACGGGAGUCUGCACCCCGCCAUGAGCCAGUCUCCCAUGGCCCAGGAGAGAGGGUUCGUACAGAGAAACCCCCAGAUGCCCCCAUACGGUUCACCACAGUCUGCCUCUCCCCUGUCACCCCGACAGUCCUCUGGAGGCCAGAUGCACCCUGGGAUGGGACCUUAUCAGCAGCAGAACAACUCCAUGGGGGGCUAUGGACCUCAGGGUGGGCAGUAUGGCCCACAAGGUUACCCCCGGCAACCUGGAUACAACAACAUGCCCAAUGCCAACUACCCUGGCCCUGGCAUGGGCAACCCCAUGAACCCUGGCCCUGGCAUGGGCAAACCCAUAAACCCCAUGUCUGGGCAAGGGGGGCUGCCGUACGCAGGCAUCCCCCCUGGUAGAAUGCCUGCAGGCCAGAUGGGAGUGCGUCCCUAUGGCCCUAACAUGGGGCCCAACAUGCCACCCAAUAUGAGUAACAUGCCACCUCAGGUGGGCUCAGGGAUGUGCCCUCCCCCCGGCCUCAACCGGAAGGCCCAGGAGGCUGCAGCUGUAGUCAUGCAACACGCUGCUACCAACUCCAUACACAGCAGGAUGCCUGGCUACCCCAACAUGUCCCCUGGCAUGAUGGGCUCUGGCGCCCCCUAUGGCCCUCCCAUGAACAACAUGUCUGGCAUGAUGAACACGCAGGGCGGCCCACCUUUCCCUAUGGGGCCCAACAUGGCCAAUAACUCCAGUGGUUUGGCCCCCAGUCCAGAGUUUGGUAUGGAUGGGAAAAUGAACCAGGGCCAGAAGAUGAACAACAAAGUGGACGGAACACCGAAAGCAGAACCGUCUAAAUCCAAGAAGUCAAGCUCUUCCACGACGACCAACGAGAAGAUCACGCGUCUGUAUGAGCUGGGCCCCGAGCUGGAGAGGAAGAUGUGGGUGGACCGCUAUCUGGGCUUUAUCGAGGAGAAAGCAAUGGGCAUGACCAAUCUGCCUGCUGUUGGCCGCAAGCCCCUAGACCUCUUCAGACUCUACGUCUCGGUCAAGGAGAUUGGAGGCUUCGCACAGGUCAGUGUGAACAAGAACAAGAAGUGGCGGGAGCUGUCCACCAACCUGAACGUUGGCACGUCAAGCAGCGCUGCCAGCUCCCUGAAGAAGCAGUACAUCCAGUGUCUGUACGCCUUCGAGUGCAAGAUCGAACGCGGGGAGGACCCCCCUCCUGAGAUCAUCACUGACAACAAGAAGGCCAACCAGGCCAAGGUCCAGCCACCCUCCCCAGCUGGGUCAGGUUCUCUCCAGGGCCCUCAGACCCCCCAGUCCACCAGCAGCUCCAUGGCCGAGGGCAGCGACCUCAAGCCCCCCACACCCGCCUCCACCCCACACCCCACCCAGAUGCCACCUGGGGCCAGGAGCAAUGUGGCGCUGCAGGACCCAUUUGCUGACAGUAGUGACCCUGCUUUCCCCAGAAAGAACUCCAUGACCCCUAACUCUGGCUACCAGUCUGGCAUGAGCACCCCAGAGAUGCCAGGUCGCAUGGGUCCAGGGCCCUACGAGGGUCCAGGGCCUAUCAAAGACCCCUUUGGUGCCAUGCGGAAAGUUGGGGAGCAGUUCUUGCCUGCCAGUCAGGGUCCUAACAGUGGGAUGGCUGAACAGCAACAGUUUAACCGUGGGCCUCCUCCAGGUGCUAUGGGGAACAUGUCGAUGGCUCAGAGACAACAGUACGGACCAGGACCUUACGGACAAGGCUACGAAAGGAGGCCAGAGCAGGGGAUGGGCCCAGAGGGCAGCAUGGGAUCUGGUGCUCCGCAGCCAAACCUGAUGCCUGUCAACUCCGACACGGGGAUGUACUCGCCAAACCGCUACCCACCACAGCAGCAGCCACGGAAUGAUUCCUAUGGUAAUCAAUAUCCUGGCCAUGGUACUCCCCCUGGUGGUUCCUAUCCCAAUCAACAGCCAGGAAUGUACCCACAGCAACAACAGGUGAUGGCUCUAACCCACUGUAACUACAAGCGUCCCGUGGAAGGGGGCUACCCACCAGCGAAGCGUCACGAGGGGGAGAUGUACAGUGCCCCCUUCAGUGCAGGGCUGCAGCAGCAGCAACAACAACCGCAGCAGCAGCCAGGGGUGGCCUCUGCACCCCCUGCUGGCCAGCCAGAGAUGUACCAACCCCAGUACAGCAGCGGCUCCUUCACCGGCACUGACCGCCGCCUGCCUGGUCCCCAGGGCCAGUUCCCCUUCCCCUUCAACAGAGAGCGCAUGCAGGCCGCCACGGGGCCCAACGCCCAGCCCUCCAUGCCCCCUCAGAUUAUGCAGCCAAGCCCUGACGGACCCCCGGGUGGUGUGUGGCAGGGCCGCGGGGAGAUGAACUAUCCCGGCAACUACCCCAACCGGCAGGGUGGCCCCCCAGGGGGCCCAGCCCAGGGACCUGGCCAUCCCGGAAUGAACCGCGGUUCGGAAGAAAUGUCAUCAGAGCAGCGCAUGAACCACGAGGGCCAAUGGGGGCCAGGUCAGAUGGGCCCUCGGCAGCCCCCCUACGGCCCUGGAGGGACGGGCCCGCCCAUGACCCGCACCCUACAGUCCAACUACCAAUCCGCUCAGGCCAUGCAGAACCACAUUCCACAGGUGUCCAGUCCCUCCCCCAUGCCCCGCGGGGGCCCCAUGGAGAGCCGGACGUCGCCCAGUAAAUCUCCCUACAUGCACAGUGGCAUCAAGAUGCAAAAGGCAGGGCCCCCGGUUCCUGCCUCUCACAUAGUGCCCCAGUCUGUGCAGUCCCCUCUGAUCCGUAGAGACAUGCCCUUUCCCCCAGGCUCAGUGGAGGCCACCCACCCCAUCCUAAAACCACGCCGAUGCCUCACAACGAAAGAUAUCGGGACCCCAGAGGCUUGGAGGGUGAUGAUGUCCCUAAAGUCUGGCCUGUUGGCUGAGAGCACGUGGGCCCUCGACACCAUCAACAUCCUCCUGUAUGACGACAACAGCAUCUCCACCUUCAACCUCAAUUCGCUGCCUGGCCUGCUGGAGCUGGUGGUGGAGUACUUCCGGCGCUGCCUCAUCGAGAUCUUUGGGAUCUUGCGCGAGUAUGAGGUGGGCGAUCCCGGCCAGAGGACUCUACUGGACCCUGACGCCCUGAAAAGAGACUGGAGCUGCAUGGAAGAUGCGGAACCAGGGGUGGAGGACAUGAAGGUAGAAGGAGAGGAUGAGGAGGAGGAGGAGGAUGAUGAUGAGGAGGAAGAAGAGGUGGUGGUGCAGCGUUCAAAACAGCCGGCCGGGACGUCAAUUGAUGGACAGGCUCAGGUGAAGCAAGAGGAUGAGCAGGAGUCAUGCUCAGAAUGGGACACUCUGAAAGAGAAGGAUGCUGAAGAUAAGGAGAAGAGCUGCUCUACCUUUGAGCAGCCCAGCUCUUCAUCGGACCCCCCUGGCCUGGGCCCGGCUACCCCCCAGGAGAGACCCAAACAGGCUAGCAAGUUCGACAAGCUCCCCCUGAAGAUGGUACGGAAGAAGGACCCGUUUCCAGCAGGCAGGGCAACCCAGAGAGGAAAAGUGCAGGAGUUUGACAGUGGGCUGCUCCACUGGAGUGCCGGCGGCGGAGACAGCACGGAACACAUCCAGACCCACUUUGAGAGGAGGGAGGAAUUCCUGGUCCCACGAGAACGAGUGCUGGUCGUCCCCACAGCCAAGAGGAAAAGGCCAGAACCAGAGAAGGCGGGGGACAAGGACAAUGCUACCCCCACAGAGAAAUACAAACAGAAGGGGGAGAGGGGUCAGAGGCCCUCCCAGCCAUCAUCCACAGAAAAUGCCUCAACAACAACCGACGGUAAGGAGGGGAAGUCCGAGCACUCGGGCGCUGAGACAGAGGAAAUGUCACAGUCCGAAGAGCCCCAGAGCCAGCAGGAGCACGACAAAUCGAGCGGACCCACUCAUCAGCAAGUCCCCCAGCGUGUGGUGGAGGACGAGCCUCACAGCAAGGAUGAGGGCCCACUGGUUACACUGGCCAACUGGCAGGAUGCUCUGGCCCGCCGCUGUGUCUGCGUCUCCAACAUCGUGCGCAGCCUCUCCUUCGUGCCUGGCAACGACCAGGAGAUGUCCAAACACCCUGGCCUCAUGCUGCUGCUCGGUCGCCUAGUGCUGCUACACCACCGCCACCCUGAGAGGAAACAGGCCCCGCUCACCUACGAGAAGGAGGAGGAGUCUGAUGACUGUCUUGGCCAGAGGGACGAAUGGUGGUGGGACUGCCUGUCGCUGUUGAGGGAGAACUGCCUGGUCACUCUGGCCAACAUCUCUGGCCAGCUGGACCUCUCCAUCUACCCCGAGAGCAUCUGCCUUCCUCUGCUGGACGGCCUCCUCCACUGGGCUGUGUGCCCCUCGGCUGAGGCCCAGGACCCCUUCCCCACGUUGGGGCCACACAGCGCAAUGUCCCCCCAGAGACUGGUCUUGGAGACCCUCAGCAAGUUGAGCAUCCAAGACAACAAUGUGGACCUGGUCCUGGCCACGCCGCCGUUGGGUCGUUUAGAGAAGCUGUAUGGGACCUUGGUGCGGCUGGUUGGGGAGAGAAAGGUGGCCGUCUGCAGGGAGAUGUCGGUGGUGUUGUUGGCCAACCUGGCCCAGGGAGACAGCAUGGCAGCGCGCGCCAUUGCUGUGCAGAAGGGAAGCGUGGGAAACCUCCUGGGCUUCUUGGAGGACAGCCUGGCGGCCACCCAGCUACAGCAGAGCCAGAGCUCUCUGCUGCACCUGCAGGGGAUGCACUUCGAGCCCACCAGUAAUGACAUGAUGCGGCGGGCGGCCCGGGCCCUGCACGCCUUGGCCAAGGUGGAGGAGAACCACUCAGAGUUCACACUCUACGAGUCACGCCUCCUCGACCUCUCUGUGUCACCUCUCAUGAACUCUGUGGUGUCUCACGUCAUCUGCGAUGUACUCUUUCUGAUUGGCCAGUCAUGACAGCUGUAGGGAGCUUUGGCUCCACCUCCUCUUGGUUUCUUCCCCCCUCACCCCCUGGUUACAACAUGGCUUGUAUGUGUGUAGGGGGAAGGGAAAGUUCAAGUGACUGUUUUUAAUUUAUGCAAACCCUUCAGAUUCCACUGUCUGAGCCCCGUUUCGCUGUUCUCACUCAAGGAGAAGGGACGUCACAAAGCUACACUGGUGGAUUUACAAACCAGACACUCCACAAACUGUCACAACUUGUAACAUUAAUGCCAACUAGAUGACAGAGUGGAGAACCUGGGUUUAGGAGUGUUCCACAUGUUUUUUUUGUUUUUUUUGGGGGGUGGGGGGGUAUUUUUAAUAAAGAUAAAUAGCUGAAAAACAAACUGUAACCAAAGUUGCUGUCUCGUUUACAGGAAAUUUGGGGAUAAUGUGUGCCCUUGUGUGCCCCUCGAGAGCACAGUGAGUGAGUCAGACUGGUUCAUGUUUGGAGGUAGUGCAGACUGAGGAACAGCCUGAUCUGAUGGCAUAGUUGCUGUAAUUGGAUGCUUACCAGUCAGCCUACCUACCACUCAGUAGGCUGUUGAGACACCUUCGCUGGGGAGGCCUGUGCAGUAGAUUGUAGGGCAUUUUCUCUACCGUACUGCUCGAGUGUCAGGCAUUCUGUAAAAAAGUUUCAUACAGAAAAACGUUGCCAAUGCAGCUCUACUAGAGUUAAAAGGUCAUUUUAGUUUUGACGUUAAAAGCUAAAAAGGCUUUCCCCAAAGUACUGAGAACCUACUACAACACCCUUACCUCCUCUCUUUAGCCCUUGAUUGUAUGAAUUUACCCUUGUAAAAUAAAUCACCUCUUAGGAUUGGUUUUCAACUUCAGAUGCAGCUUUGCUGUGGUGUAUAUAUAUGAUAUUGUACAUUACACUUCCUUUCUGUGUCUGUCUCUGUGUCACUAUUCCUACUCAUUUUGUUGAUGAGGAAUGGAAGGUGAGUUUGGUUCCUGUCAUCCAGUCCCUGCUGAUAGACCCUCUCACUCCACGGCUCCUUAGUAUGGCAGACUCGGAUCAAAUUUGUUAUCUCCUCCUGGUACAACAAAAAAACUAGUUAACACACUUGACAAUUCAUUUCUCCAGGAUUCUGCAUAUUUGUAUUUCAAACUAUGUAGCUAAAAACAUGUAAAUUCCUCCUUUUCCUUUUUUUGGCUCAAUGAAUAUCAUUCAGUAUGAAAUCUUUAUACUAUAUGUUCCAUGUGGUAAGAAUAAAUGUACAUUAAAUCUUCAUAAAAUGUU